AUGUCCGGCGGUAGCGGUGGCGGCGGAAGCGGUGGUGGCGGAGCCGGCGGGCUGGGCGGUGGACUGUGUGUUCCGGACCUGGACUCGCGCCGCCCCUCCACCUGUCGCGUGGAGUUGGGCUCGCUGCUGGCGCCCGAGCCGCGACCACUCGACAACAAGGUUAAGAUCGUAGUCCCGGGGCGGGCGGUGGACGGGGGUGGGUCGCGACCCACUUCCAUAAUGAGUGGUGGCGCGUGUGGGUGGCGCGGCCGCGGCGGGCGGGCGCGUCGCCGGCACGGUGCCGCCGCCGCGCUGCAACCGCCACGCCGUCCACGGCCCUAUCACGCUGCCUUAUAA